GAUUUUGCAACAUAUCAACGAAAACUGUCCAAACAGACGCGGGUGUUAUCAAAACAAAUAAAAUGAAUUAAAUUAAUAAUUCCAAUCUUAAAUGCAGAACACGUUCUGUGUCUCAUGCAUAUUCUUGUGAUAUGAAUUAUAAUAAUUAUUGCUUAGUCGAGUUGUGUGUUUGUCUACGUCUUUAUGUGUUGUGUUGUGUUCACGCUAGAGUGAGAUAAAAAACAUGGCGUUAAAAUACAUUGUUAUUCUUGUGAUUUCGUACUUAUCAGCGACGGAAAGUUCGUACCCUGGUGAAAGUUGCUUCGCUGUCGACCAGCCAGGUACAUGUAUGAGGCUGUCGAGAUGUUCGGGACUCUUGCUAGAAAUAAAACGAGCUGGGACUCCUAUGCCUGCACACAUGAGACGAAAACUGCAAUCCCUUGGGUGUGGAUUUGAAUCUAAUGAGCCCUUGGUAUGCUGCGCCUCAAUAACAGAUAAUUCUAACACGAACUAUGAUGAUAAAGACAUCAGAGAGAGACCAAGUCAACAGCAACCACAUACUCCUGAUAUGAGUGAUGUCAACAAGCGUGGAGAGAAUGACAACUCAGAACAGAUUCCAGAGGACGUAAGCAGACACCCGAACCGGCAUUUGUUGGAGAAAAAUUGUGGGACAAUAGAGAGUGAUAGAAUCUUUGGAGGGAACAGGACGCGACUGUUCGAGAUGCCGUGGAUGGUUCUUCUGUCAUAUGAAUCAGGUCGAGGUCUAAAGCUAAGCUGUGGAGGUACCCUAAUAAAUGAAUGGUACGUGCUGACUGCGGCCCAUUGUGUCUCAUUCCUUGGAUCCAAGCUGAAGCUGCGAGCUGUGAUACUAGGAGAGUAUGACGUCAGAAAGGAAACUGAUUGUGAGAGAAUCGAAGGAGAGUUGUUUUGUGCACCCCCGGCUAUGAAUGUGUCAAUCGAACGCACAAUACCACAUCCAGGAUAUCGACCCGAAACAUUGUUCGACGAUAUUGCUCUCAUUCGACUGUCGCAGCCGGCGGACUUUACCGUAGACAGUAUGAAGCCUAUAUGUCUACCCAUAACUCCAAGCUUACAAAAUGAAAGAUUAGAAGGACAACAGGGCGUGGUUGCCGGCUGGGGGUCCACAGAAGAUGGGCUUCAGUCGCCCGUGCUGCUCAGCGUCGCCCUGCCCAUCAUUACUAACAGCGAGUGUCAAGGCAUCUAUAACGAAUCACCGCACAUUUAUAACAAACAGUUGUGUGCCGGAGGUGUUCAAGAUAAGGACUCAUGUGGCGGUGAUUCCGGGGGCCCGUUGAUGUUACCUGGAAGAUUCAGGAAUCUUGGAGUACGCUACGUGCAGCGUGGCAUAGUAUCCUACGGGUCGAAGCGGUGUGGGGUUGGCGGGUAUCCUGGAGUUUAUACUCGAGUAGCCUUCUACAUGAAAUGGAUAUUGGAUAAUAUGAGUGCUUAACGUUACAAAUAAUUAAUGUAUGAUUGGACAUUGAGGGCAUAGUCCCAAUUUAUAUGUCGCUGCAUCGUAUCCGGCUCGAAGGAUCAAAUUUCCCGCGGACUUAACUCAAACUCGAGCCCGAUUUUGAGCAGUAUUCAUGCCUAUUUAACGACGGGUAGAUUCCAAAAAGAUUACUCAUUCUUUUUAUACCUAGUAUCCAUGUUAUUAUAACUAUUUUAUAAGUUGUUGUACAUUAUAAUUUGUAAAUAUUACAGAAAUAAAGACCAUUUUGUAUUA